GUUUCUCGCUCAGCCCGGGGCAGGUAGGAGGCGCUCGGGAGACUAAAGGCAGCGCUCGCUUUCCCCGCUGGCAGAACCAUGUCCGACCCCAGGGUCAGCUCGUACCUUAGCAACCUGCUGUGUAACCAUGAGGGUCGCCUGCGCCGCUCCCAACUGAGCGACCUCCUGCAACUGCCGCCUGAACAGAUCGAGCAGAUUCUCCAAGAGGAACCGCAGCGAUUCUCUGUAUCGGGGGACCUGGUUCUGGCCCGGACCCCCUUGCGCAUUUGUCCCCAGUAUCUGCGAGAGGAACAAGAAGAUGAAGAGUGCGACAAGCUGCAUCUUUGUCGCCACUACUUGCAGGGAAAAUGCAGGGACAGGAGGCCUCCAUGCAGAUUUUCUCAUGACACCGGAUCAGAACAAAACAAGGCCGUGUUGAAGGCGCACGAGUAUUUUGGAUUUGAUGAUGAUACACUGAAGGUCCUUCUUCUCCAGAAUGAUCACUCACUUCUGCCUGAGGUGUGUGUGAAAAAUCUGCAUAGCAAAUGUGAUCAAGGAAACGGCUGCACUCGUCUCCAUGUCUGCGGUUUCUUCACUCGCGGCGAGUGCAACCGGCACAACUGCAAACACUCCCACUGUCUCCUGGAAUCGAGCACAGAAUUGAUAAUGAAACAGAGCCGCCAUUCUCUUGUCUCCAUCGAAAAUUUCCAGAUGCUUUGUGUUAUAAAGUGCAACGAGGUGCUCAAUUUGCAAAAGGAGGAGGCUAAAGAUGGAGCACAGUGUGGCCCUUCAGGAGCAGGAAGAGGAAGAGGCAGGGGAAGAGGGCGGGGUAGAAACCAGAGAACAAGAGGCAGGCCAGGACACCGUCCCAGUAGAGGGUCCAGAAGCCACAGUACCCCAGGGAGGGGUGACAGUCGGCGCAGUACACCAGAUGAAUUGGAUAGUGAUGAUGAAGACGGACUGUUUAUUUCAGGAUUGAAACAAGAUGAAUCAACUCCAAUGUCUGGUCCAAGGUCAACCGCUGUGUCUACAACUUAUUUCUCAGCAUCACAUCCCACCCCAAAUACCCUACCUCAAAUACCAUCAAGAUUACUGAAUAUAAAUGAUUUAUCAAUAUCCAGUGGGCAGAACGUCACCAGCAGUCAAGAAAACCGUGCCCCAUCUGGUUCCAUAUUGAAAACCAAUAUUGGCAUGUACUUAGCUACUGGUGCCACAUCUAGGGAGCAGAAAGUCAACUCUAUGACCACCAAUCCUGGCUUGUCUGCAAGCACCGGAACUACAUCUGUGGCACAGAAUUUCAACUCUACCCCUACCAAUAUUGGCAUGUAUUUACCCACUGGUGCCACAUCUAGGGAGCAGAAAGUCAACUCUAUGACCACCAAUCUUGGCUUGUCUGCAAGAACGGGUACUACAUCUGUGGCACAGAAUUUCAACGCUACCCCUACCAAUAUUGCCAUGUACUUGCCCACUGCUUCUAGAUCAAUGGAGGAGAAGGUCAACUCUACCAUUACCAAAACUGGCAUGUACUCCACCACUAGUACCACAUCUGUGGGGCAGAAGGUCAACUCUACCCCUACCAAUAUUGGCAUGUACAUACCCACUCGUGCCACAUCUAUUGAACAGAAAGCCAACUCUAUGACCACCAACCCUGGCUUGUCUGCAAGCACCGGUACCACAUCUAUGACACCGAAUUUCAACUCUACCCCUACCAAUAUUGGCAUGUACAUACCCACUCGUGCCACAUCUAUUGAACAGAAAGCCAACUCUAUGACCACCAACCCUGGCAUGUCUACAAGCACCGGUACCACAUCUAUGACACCGAAUUUCAACUCUACCCCUACCAAUAUUAGCAUGUACUUAGCUACUGGUGCCACAUCUAGGGAGCAGAAAGUCAAAUCUAUGACCACCAAUCCUGGCUUGUCUGCAAGCACUGGAACUACAUCUAUGACACCGAAUUUCAACUCUACCCCUACCAAUAUUGGCAUGUACAUACCCACUCGUGCCACAUCUAUUGAACAGAAAGCCAACUCUAUGACCACCAACCCUGGCAUGUCUACAAGCACCGGUACCACAUCUAUGACACCGAAUUUCAACUCUACCCCUACCAAUAUUGGCAUGUACUUAGCUACUGGUGCCACAUCUAGGGAGCAGAAAGUCAACUCUAUGACCACCAAUCCUGGCUUGUCUGCAAGCACGGGUACUACAUCUGUGGCACAGAAUUUCAACGCUACCCCUACCAAUAUUGCCAUGUACUUGCCCACUGCUUCUAGAUCAAUGGAGGAGAAGUUCAACUCUACCGUUACCAAAACUGGCAUGUACUCCACCACUAGUACCACAUCUGUGGGGCAGAAGGUCAACUCUACCCCUACCAAUAUUGGCAUGUACAUACCCACUCAUGCCACAUCUAUUGAACAGAAAGCCAACUCUAUGACCACCAACCCUGGCAUGUCUACAAGCACCGGUACCACAUCUAUGACACCGAAUUUCAACUAUACCCCUACCAAUAUUGGCAUGUACUUAGCUACUGGUGCCACAUCUAGGGAGCAGAAAGUCAAAUCUAUGACCACCAAUCCUGGCUUGUCUGCAAGCACUGGAACUACAUCUGUGGCACAGAAUUUCAACUCUAACCCUACCAAUAUUGGCAUGUACUUACCCACUGGUGCCACAUCUAGGGAGCAGAAAGUCAAAUCUAUGACCACCAAUCCUGGCAUGUCUGCAAGCACGGGUACUACAUCUGUGGCACAGAAUUUAAACUCUAACCCUACCAAUAUUGGCAUGUACAUACCCACUGGUGCCACAUCUAGGGAGCAGAAAGCCAACUUUAUGACCACCAAUCCUGGCAUGUCUGCAAGCACCGGUACUACAUAUUUGGCACAGAAUUUCAACUCUACCAAUAUUGGCAUGUACAUACCCACUGGUGCCACAUCUAGGGAGCAGAAAGCCAACUCUAUGACCACCAAUCCUGGCAUAUCUGCUACAACCACUAGAACUACAUCUGUGGCACAGAACGUCAAUGCCACCACCAUUGGCAUGUUUGCAACCACUUGUACUACAUCUGGCGUCAACUCUACUACCAGCAGUCCAGUGAAUUCAGCUGUUUCCAUCAAUAAGAAGGAACCCGACCGGCAUGUUGAAUAUAGCGAGAUCUGUCUCCAUCACAUAUGGAAUUACUGCAGGCUCGGGAACAGGUGUGGUGAGAUGCAUUAUCAUUUGCCCUACCGCUGGCAGGAGAAACUGGGCGCUGAGUGGCAAGAUGCUUGCUACAUGGAUGCUAUGGAGAGGGCAUUCUGCCAGCCUCAGAACGACAGUUAUUUGGGGGUUGAUUUUGCAACAAUGACCUAUGGGCCAACCUACAUCCGCCGACUGUCCACGCCUUCAUCGGCCACGAGAUCCCCCGAGUUUGUCCUGACCACGGAGUGGAUCUGGUACUGGCAGGACGAACAUGGAACAUGGAUUGAGUACGGAAAAUCCAACACAAAGCAGACGAGAGCCUCAAUAACAUCACUGCACUUGGAGUCCAAGUAUCUCACUGAUCCGAACUCCGUGGUUCCGUUCCAGGCUGGAGGUCACUGCUAUGAGAUUAGCUUCAAAGACAUGAUUCAGAAAAAUAUUGAAUACAAGACCGAGAGGCGAAUCCGCCGGAGACCCAAGUACCAGUCGCCUGAAGAUGUACAGAAACUCAAGGGGACCACAAAAGAAGUACCAAGUAGUUCUCCUCUAAGGAACAGAUAUUACCCGUCAGAUUGGGACAUCUCUGCCCUGCCUGAUAAAGGAUAUAAGUCCGUGCCUGUUUCUGAGAGUUCCCCUGAGUACACACAGAUCCUCUGCCUCUUUAAUAAAACUAUGUCUGGCCAAACAGUGAAGAUCCAACGAAUCCAGAACAAGUCUCUCUGGGCGCUCUACCAAUGGCAAAAGGUGCAGAAGCAGAAAGCAAACCCGGGGAAGGGAGUGGAAGAGAAGCAGCUUUUUCAUGGGACCGACCCAUCUCACGUCACUGCCAUCUGUCACCAGAACUUUGACUGGCGAAUGUGCGGCACCAAUGGAACUUUAUAUGGAGAUGGGAGUUAUUUUGCCAGAGACGCCUCCUACUCCCAUAACUACUCGUUCCCUAAUUCUACAGGCAAGAGAAUGAUGUUUGUGGCGCGGGUGCUGGUGGGAGACUACGUGACUGGUAACUCCGCCCUGAAACGGCCUCCGCUGAGACCUGGCAGCUGCACCCAAUUCUAUGACAGUUGCGUGGAUACUUUGCUCAAUCCUUCCAUCUUUGUGGUGUUUGAAAAGGAUCAGAUUUACCCGGAAUAUCUCCUGGAGUAUGAACCAAAGACAGAGGAAACGUCGUGCUGCAUCAGUUAAAAGAACCUCAGACUUGGCUUUUGGGAAGGACCCUUUGAUUUGCAAUGUUAUAAACAUGUUAAAUAACUGACAGCGACGGGAAAGAUUUACUUAAAUGUGAAAAAAAAAAAUAUCUGGGACUGAACUGUGGGAUUCAAAUUCUCAGGAUAAAAUAAGCAAAUAAACAAUCAAAGAAUC